GGUUCUCCGGGCGGAACCACAACAGUGUCACCACCAACUAGUUCUUGUCCCAUCUUUCUUUUUUGACGUGACCAGCGAGAAAAAUGGUGAAGGUUAAGUGCUCCGAGCUGAGGACCAAGGACAAGAAGGACCUCACCAAGCAAUUGGAUGAGCUCAAGAAUGAGCUGCUCAGCCUGCGUGUGGCUAAGGUCACCGGAGGAGCUCCCUCAAAGCUCUCCAAGAUCCGCGUUGUUCGCAAGGCCAUCGCUCGCGUCUACAUCGUGAUGCACCAGAAGCAGAAGGAGAACCUGCGCAAGAUCUUCAAGAACAAGAAGUACAAGCCCCUGGAUCUGCGCAAAAAGAAGACCCGCGCCAUCCGCAAGGCCCUUUCCCCCCGGGAUGCCAACCGCAAGACUCUGAAGGAGAUCCGCAAGCGCUCUGUCUUCCCUCAGCGCAAAUACGCCGUCAAGGCUUAAAAAGCAUCCAGAGAAUCUACAUCCCGGAUGACGAUCCUCCAUCUGUCUAGUGUGCGUUAAGGUUUCUUCGGUUCAAUGAAGAUGAUAAAACAAAUAAAACCUUUUUUUUAAAGUGAAAA